AGGAACCUUGUGGUAUCUCGAAAGCAUAUUGCUACAUGUAUUUGGACUACGGUUACAAACUGACUGCAGAAUGGAGGCAAUGGAUGACGAAGUUUCUGGACGACCUGAUCCCACUGAUUUAGCUGCUAAGCUGCAGGCUCGGGCAGCAGAGACGUUAAUCAAACUGAAGGAUGAAAGCUAUUCAACUCACAAGGUUUUCAAUCUUGUGACAAACGGUGUUGAUGACCUAUUUAGAAUCCUGAUUGACAUCAUCAAGGCCCAAUUUAUGAGUUAUGGAGCUGAGCAGGUGUUUUCUGUACAAGAAGUAUGCUCAAUACUUGAUAGAUUGGAGGGGAAUUCAUUAUUUGAGGGUGUGCAUACUCCAGAAGAGCUGUCAAAAUAUGUGGAACAAGAAAGAUGUCUCAUACGUCCAGCUGGUGUGGAAGUCACUACUCAACCAGUUGUUGCAGGAAAAGAAGUUAAAGCUGCUGUUGUUGAAAAAGGGUACAUAGUUCCCUUUUUACCUAUGUUAGAGGCUUUGCUCAACUGCCCUGAAGUUCUACAUUGCAUUGACAAUCCAAAGCCAUCUAUCGAUGGAGUCUUUGCCGAUCCACUUGAUGGCUAUGCAUACAAGAAACAUCCUUUGGUUCAGAAGUAUCCAGGAACAUUAGGCAUUAGAACUUAUGAUGAUGAUGCGCAAUGCACUGACUCAGCAAGUAGCCAAGAUGUCAGCGUUCGGUUUAUCUACUGGACAUUGCUUAACAUUUAUCCCGAGCUGAGAUCAUCAAAUCGAGCUAUCCACUUGAUGGGUUGUAUGAAAACUGACCUCAUUAAGUCAACAGGUCAUAAAGUCUUCUUGACUGACUAUGUGGCUUCAAUGAAACAAUUAUGCAGUGAAGAAGGAGUUACCUUCACUGUGAUGGGCAAGAAAAGAGUGUUCCGUGCUGUGAUGGUAGACCAUAAUGCUGACAACCCAGCCGCUGCCAGCAUAGGAGGCUUCAAAGAGUCACAUUUUGCUAAUUGUUGUUGUCGUCAGUGCUAUGUUACCUCAGAAGAAAUGUUCUCUUCAUUUGAUGAAAAAGAUUUUGUCCGGCGCGACAAGGAAUCUCAUGAAAAGCAUGUGGCUGAAGUGGAGGAGUACAUUGAAAAAAAGUGCAAGACGAAACCCUCUCCCUCUGUGACAUAUGGUAUAAACAGCAGAAGUGCUCUGAUGGAUAUUCCUACUUGUGAUGUCACCAAAUGCCUGCCUCAGGAUCUCAUGCACGACGUUAUUCUUGGCACUCUGAAAACGGAAAUUAUCUGUCUAUUAGAACAUACUCUAGAGAAGAAAAAAACCUCACUCAAGGCCAUCAACAGGAGAAUAAGUAGUCUGGUAAAGUAUUUUGGAGUUAACAAGCCAGCAGACAUAGAAGCAAGCCACAUUCAGAACAGAUCAUUACGCCAGUCAGCAUCAGAGACAUUGGCCCUGGCCUAUUUACUGCCAUUUGCCCUCCAAGUUCAAACUGAAAAAGGAGUGGAGCUUGCUUGUGAUGAGGCUAACCUACAUUGCUACAUUCUGAGGCUAAAUCUUCUGAGCCUUCAAAUGUCUGACCAAUUUACAAUGGCCGACCUUGAAAGAUUGAGAAAAAUGACAAUAGACCACCACAAGCGGUUUCAAGCCCUAUAUCCUGGCCGAGAAACUCCGAAGAUGCAUUACGAAACCCAUUUCCCAAUGCAAAUAUAUCUUUAUGGGCCACUUCGUCUCCACUGGUGCUUCAGGUAA